AUGCUACUCCAUUGUCUUCACUACUUUCGCAAAACGCUUUAUAAAGUGAGCCUGCAAUCUGCAUUCAUUCUUAUCUUCCCUUCCAUCAGCUCUCACAUCUUCUCCGGUAGACAACACUCUUAA